AUAGGGAGUUCAUUGGUUUUGUUUAUCAUAGUUUUAUUCAACACUUUUAAAAUACACCUACAUUUGAUAAAUAUAUUAUUAGGUUGUGUACUGUAAUAUAUAACACUACAUAUAACUUAAAAUGUCCUUGGUAGUUUGGCACAGUUCUAAACUUUAUUACUAAACUUUACAGCAGGUUUUAUGACUCCAGAGCUCUUAGAUUGCAUUGUUAAUUGUUUUGAUCCUGAUGUCCUCUGAAGUCUGUUUCCAUAGAGAUGAUUUUUCAAGAAUUCUGCUGCAGAUUCCUGAACUUUCUUAGAUUUAUUAACUUCUUCCUCCAGUAUUACAACGUGACAAUAUUCUUCUGUUUUGCUUUCUUCAUUGCUCUUCUUUCUUGCUUUCCUUCUUUCUAGUUUCUUAUUUUCUUUCUCAAUUUUAUCCACUUCUACUAGUUUUGGUUUCUUAGCAACAGCUUGUACAAUGUCCUCUGGUAGUUUGGCUAACUUUCUCUUUGCUUCUUUUUGGGAAACGAACAUUUCAUUUUUCUUACGUCUUUUUGCUUUGUCAACAGACCGAGCAAAAUUCACUGCAUCAUUUCUCUUUUUCUCGUCUUGUUGAAACACUGCUUUGCUAUCUUUCCAUGAUACGCCUACUGGGGCAUCGCUAUCGUCGCUUUGCAGGUUAUCACUAUCAGCCUCUGUAGAAGUAGAUCCUGUGGUUCCAACUGUUGCCAAAUUUAUAUUCUCACUGUCUGAAUCGUCAUAAUUAAUAUUUUCUGAAGACAUGGCGUCGCUGAAUUCAACCUGAGAUGGCUUUCUUAUAUUUAAAACCUAUAUGACAACUAAAAUUCAAACUUUUCACCGAAAAACGUUGAAUAUUGACGUUAAAAAAGUUCAGCACAAAAUUGAGAUGCACGUUGAGUUGGCGGCCAUCUUGAAUUUCCUCGGUAAGAGGUCUGGGUUCUAAUUUGUCUGGCAGCUUGUUUCUAUGGCAACAAUAAAACACAAAGAAAAUGGACGAAAUGUUGUUGUUGAAUUAAAUUUUUCCCUCAAUAAAUUUGUCUUUAUUGUUUGAUAAAGUGGUUUAGUGUGGAAAAUUUAAGUAUUUAAUGAUGGAAACAGUAUUGAGUGAUUUUCCUUUGGACGAAGGGAUCGCAGUGCCUGUUGCGAAUACAGAAAAUAAACAUCUAGAAGCUGAGGUACAGAUAUUAUUUUGCUUAUUAUUUCGUACUUUGAUUGAAAUGUUAUGGAUCAACCUACGUUACUGAGCGCAUACCUAACAGUACAUUUUGAAAUUAAGAAAUUACCAAUGCGUGUCAUUUGUCCUAGUGAGCUCAGCCCCUUGGCCUGUUGUAAGAACUUGUAACUAGAUUGCAUUAUAUAUUAAAUAUAUUAGCAGUGUCAAACCUACAUGUUCCAGAAACGAUUGACUUAUUGAAACCCCUAGCCUGAGUAGCAUGCCAUAUUCCCCUUCCUUGAAUGCAGAUGGGAGGAAAAGAGGCCCUGACAAAAUCCAUGUCUGGCCGCAUAUAAAAAAGCACAAAUCCAGGUUGGUCUCCAGAGGGGUUGGCCUGCACAGGGAAGUAAAACAUGUUCUAGACUGUAAAGUAUUAUUUUGGCACAGGGAACUUGAUGAAGUAAUGAUUUAUUUUGUCUCUUAUGUCUUGGACCUUGCGAAAAGAGGUAGAGAAAAUGAUGAAAAUGCCAAUUCAAAAAAUAUUUUUCCACUGGACACCAACCGUGGUGGCACCUUGGUGAAGUUAUGCAACCAUUCUCAAAUGUUCUGCCUUCGUUUCCGCACAACUGCCAUUUACAACGGAAAAGUUCCCCACGCCAAAAUAAUAUUUUACAGUUGUUAUUGUGUGAAAUUGACAUUUCUCCUGUGACAUUUUGAUUCGAUAUACUGAACAUAAACUAAUUUGCUGUGGGUAUAGAGAGCAAUUGGAUUAUUACAUCCGCAGGGUUCGAUAAUUCAAGAUUUUUAGUCGUACCUGACUGGUAGCAGUGGUACGCCAAUGGUUGUUGCUGCGUACUUGAGCUGAUACAAACUCAGUGCUCAAUGUGUAUUUAGUCAUUAAAGUACUGAAACAUAUGUUCAGACUAUGAGGUAGAAAAAGAAGCACAAUUGCAUAAUAUACAAACAAUCGACUCCAACGUUUCUUAGUCGCAUCAGUCCAAUCAUGUUUCAUGCCAAGACAUCUCAGACAUAUGGUAUAAACCAACUAAAUUACGGUAUUGAAUAUCUUGGACUUGGAAAGGUCAUGUGGUAGCAUCAAAAAGUAUAAGUAUGCAGAUAGCAAGAGUUUCGUGUACCUACGUGGUAAGUCCCUGAAAACAAAGAAGUACCAGACCGUAAUAUUGGCGUACCUCCGGUAUGUAAGUACGCAAAUUAUCGCACCCUGACAUUCGGCUCGAUCUCUUUGUAAAUUAGAGCCAAAUACUUAGGCUAUGAUACUCCCUGAAUUAAGAGUCGGGUUUAAUUAUUGGCAGAACCUUCAUGUCCCCUGUUAUAGUCUAUAGCCCCCUCCCCUCCCCCAUUUGAUUGGUAAUUAUGCUAAUUGCUAAAAUAAUCAUCAUGUUUGAUUUUUUGUCAUUCAGCUUGAUAGUAAACAGAAAGAAAUCCUGAGUAAUAAAGAUAAAUCAGAAGAACAUAAGGAAAGGAUAGAUGCAAUAAAUGAACAUUUGAAAAAUGUCUUGCAAGAACUUCAGCACACACAGGUACUAAUACAUUAAGUCGAACCAUCAGAAUGUGGAAGAAUCAAAGUAAUUCUUGCCUUGAGUUCUUCAAGAUGCACUGACCUUCCUGAAGACACGAAGCCUUCUUAAUUACUCACUGCAUGACAAAUAUUAAAAGCUCUAAUAUAUACAUCCAAAAAUACAUUCAAAGUAGCUUGCAUGCAGUUAUAUAAUUAUAUUUUAAACAAAUCAUAAAUGUGCUUAUAGGCAGCUGGAAUUCUAUUAUGUGUGCAGUGGUCUGCCAAUGUCUAAUAGCCAUCAUGCCAAUUCCCAUAUCCACAUCCUUUCUGAUACCCCUCCCCCUUUUUUAAUAAACUUCUCUCUCAACUAGACUUAAAUAUCUAAUAAACUGUACAUCCUUAACCCACUGAGUGGCAGCUAGAACUCUCCCCUUGACGAGUAAAAUCAUCUGACGUUAGUAGGGUGCAUCAGGGUGCAUUGCCACUUAAAAGGUUGAUAACCCCUAAUUAUAGCACCUCUUCUAAUAAGGCUUAUCUUUAAUAGACACACCAUUCUACCCCCCCUCUCUUUUAACCAGCCUGUCUCUAAAAUCCUGUGUCUGGUGUAGGUGCAUAUCUACUCUGUUCCAACCAGUUAGUUCUGGCCAGAAUGCUCACAUCAUUUACAUACAUCAUAAAUUUUAAUUAGAUACCCAUAUGAAUAUUUAUUGGUUAAAUAAACCCACUUCUGAUUUCAGCUGGAAGAAUGUAGUUAUUAUUGUAAUUAAAUUAUAAAAUGAAUGAUUGUUUAUCCAAAAAUGGAUUUUCAGAAACUAAUUACAAAUAGCAUAUAUAACAUAUUAUUAAAUUAUAAGAAACUGUAACAGAGUUAUGGAUAAAAUGAACUUUUCCCUUGUAUCACCUACAGUAGUUCUUUUUAACAUUGAUCAGGGAACGAUCUUUGGCUGUUACGAAAACGAAGAACAAAACCUGAGAUGGAUCUUUAGUUAGUUCGUUUUUCGAAAUUAUGAAAACAAACGAUCCAUCUUCACUUUUAUACGAAAAAAACUUUAAGAUCCAUUUUGAAGUUCAUUAAUUCACGUGACGAAAACAAAAGCUCAUGUCAAAAUGAUUCACGUUCUUUUCGCGAUUCACAAAAAAUAAGCGUAUUAGUGUGUGAAAGGAAACGAUUGGAGGGUUAACGGUUUUGUGCGUUUAAGGCAACGCUCUACCAGUGAGAAUAAUGCUGUUAAUGCACACAAUAAACUCAAAUUUCUAAAUUACUUUCUUCAUGUCGUUCUGGAUCGUUUAAAGGCACGAUUCCUUAUUUCACAAGCGAUAAUUUCACGCAAUUUUCUCUUCAAAUAUGUAGGGUGUCACUGCUAAUUGGAAAAAAGUCAUGUCCAGCGCGCGAAAAUUUAAUACUCCGUCGGUAUAUAGUGUUAAUAGACAGUGAUCUGAUGAAAUUCAGAUCAUUUAGGUUUUCAAACGAAACGUUUUUUGUACAUCACUUUGUAACAGUUAUUUCUAUUAAGUAAAAGCAAAAAGUAUGUGGGGGUUCUUUAUUAUUGCUAACAAUACUUUUUCUUUUAUGCUCACCAUCUAUAAUUUAUCGAAAAAUUUUUGUACUUAUUUUUUUCGAAUCACGAAGAGAGUACCUGUGUGUCUUUGUUUUCGAAAUACGAAAGCGUAGACAACUGACGAGGUUGAAGCGAAGAUGGGUCUUUGCUUUCGUAAUUAUGAAUCAAAGGUCGUUGAGGCCGACUCACGGAUGAAAUCAAAUGAAAGUGACAGAAAGAAUUAGAGCAGUUUGCAGUUGUUUGUGCAAACGAGGACCGUGCGAAUUUUGCCAUUUGUCGUGCUUUCGCCAAAUCAAAAGAACGAACGCGUGCUCUAGCCCGGUACAGUUCCGGUUCUGAAAGGCCCGAUUCGCAGGCAAACAGUGCGCGCAAAGCAGGCUGGUCAUUUCCCAUAGUUUAACUGCCCCACACUCAUGCAAACCCCAUGUAAAGACUGGCUUCGCAACAUCCGUGAGUCAAAAACGAGGACCCACCUUAGGUAGUCUGUCUUCGUUUUCGAAACACGCAAGUAUCUCGGCAUAGUCUGUAUAUCCACAACAGAAAUAAUGUCUAUUCAAAUGCUCAAUGUGUUGAAUAGUGCUGUGUAUCAUGACUUUACGUGAAUGUUAUAGGCAAUUAAAGUAAAUUUGCUAUUGGAAUAGUGUUGUUGAAUGGAACGUUUGAUGAUCUUAAAGAAGCUUAAAUUUUACUUCGUAAAAACUUAAUAAUUAGUCUAGUCAUUUAAUGAAGUUAUUUAAUAUUCAAUUCUAUUAUGCUGUAUUUAAAUUGCAGUUUAAAAAACAGUUUAAAUUGCACAUUUUUUAAAAUUACAAAUAGUCUGAAUUGGUUACUGAUUUUGAAAAAAGCUGAUCAAUAACUCCAUGAAUUAUUGAUAGAAUGAGUUAAACACGAUAUAAUAAUAUUACAACAUAAUUGAUGUCUGAUGUGGGCCACUUAGGUUAUGCCAUAGGACUCAACUUUUGUUGCUUUAGAUAGAAACUUUUAUUUAAAUAGGGUAAUCCAAUCAGUUACAAUGUUAACUGUUGUCAUUAGGAGCCCUAAUAGCACUCCAACGUUUUUGUACGUUCUCUCUUCAUUCAUGAUAGGAACUCCUUAAUGCAAGAAAACGUGAGAUUAACACUGAAGAUCAUCUCAAACAAGUUGGUAAGUCAUUAUCUGUAUAGGUACCGCACUUGCCAUCUCACGAUGGUCUCUCAGCGUUUAGUCAGAGCGAGCGUCAGGUUUUGUGCCAUCUGUCUCUAUCUUGUUGCUUUCCGACUGCUUGCUAAGUGUCUGUUUGAAAGUUAGAAGAAUGAUGUGCAUGGAGUUCCAGCGUUGGCCGCAGUGUUGAAUAUUUCCUCACUGUUUGCCUCCUAGAUGGCCGUCAGAUCUCUUUGCAGACGUCUUUGAAGCGUAUAGUUAAGCUCUGUUCGUGGGAAGCUUUCCUUGAGCCCCGCUCUCUCACAGGUGCUAUUCAGUCACGCUAAGUCAAACGUGAGCAUAUUUUCGCCAAAAAAUUUCAUCAGAUCAAUACUUUUUGUACUUUCUGUCUAGCUGAACGAGAAGAAGGAAGAUUGCGAAAUGAAAUGAAGCGAAUACAAAAUGACUUGAAUGAACUGGAUAGUCGGAGAAAUAUCGCAGAGGUAUAAUUAUAUUCUCCGCUGACGCGUUUGUAUGACAAAUGAGUGCAACUUAUAUUUAAUUUAUUAGAUUAAAGAAUCGAGAAAGAACUAAAGUUUUUGUGCAUUAGAACGGCUAUUGCAUGACAAUUAGUAAUUUUACAUUUUUAUACUUUUUAAUUGAGCAAAAGUAUAUAUGCAUUCCGUAACAGUUUAAUUGGAUCUCGGUAUUUUUUCUAGGCACCUCAAAUCGAACUGAUCCUUUGGACAGUUCUUGUGUUCUUAAAAAUGUUUCUUGCCAAAUUUCUAUCUACUUUUAGUACUUUAAAUUACGCUGCCCUAGCGGAGUGAAAUGUGACAUGAUGUUGAUCUAUUAUUUAGAACAACAUAUUUACGAAGACAAAGCAGUUGGAGGAACUAAAAUCUCAAAUGAACUGGGAUCAGAAAGCUUUAGAAGCUUGGUUAGAAGAAUCUGCAAGAAGAGACGAAGAUGCUUUGAUUCUUGAGAAGUACACUCGAUCUGAUGAAAGUAAAGUUAAGGUAUACUAUUCAUAAUUAUAGUUAUUAAUUGAACAAUUAUAGUGCAUCAUGUAGAUUAAGACAGAGUUAGAGUUAAGAAUUAAGGAGCUUUAAUUUUUGAGAAGUAUACUCGAUCUGAUGAAAGUAAAGUUAAGAUGAAGUAACAUUUAGUGAAACUUUCAAGACAUUUAGUGAAACUUUCAUCCAUGCCAUAUUCAUUUGAUUGUGCACGGUGAAACUUUGCAUUGCUAUUAAUCUUUAAAUUCUUUUUGGGGUUUAUUGCUUACUUGUUAUUUUUUUAACACUUGAUUCGACCCCUCACCCUUGGAAAUAUUGUUGCAGAAAUAUUUGAACAUUUCGAUGUUUCUUCGAAUGUUUUGUCCAUGCUUGUUGCGGAAACAACAAUUGCUUUCCAGGAAGCAAAACGUUUUCCCGACAAUUCAGAACAUGAUUUUGAUACGAACAAUGUUUCUUGAUCUGACCACCUUUUGAACAUAAGGCUGAGAAACAAUGUUUGCUAGUUUGCCAUGUAGGAGUUAAGUCACCAGCAGGACGCCAUGAUCACCAGCCACUUUUUCUUUAGUCACUGUCGUUGAAAACAGAAAAGAUGACAGAAGAAAGUCAAAAGAAACGUCGAGAUCUGGAACAUGAAUUAAGUCGUACUUCAACUGCACAGGUAAGGUAUAGAUGAUCAAUGAUGUGUCGUGUCCUGUCAACAUUUCCUUACGCUCAUUUCUCUACUAUAAUAUUUCUACUUUUAUUAUAUGUGUUUCUAAAUUAUCACUCUGCAUAAUAUAAACCUCUAAGACUUUACUGUUUGCAUGUACCAUACAGUAUAUGGUAAUAUUGGGGUUGUUUCGAUAACAAAACAAUUGAAUAUUAACUUUGUCUACUACACUGACCAUCAUCAUCAGCCUCUCUCACUACUUUAUAAUAAAAUAAUCUGACCAAGACUCAGUUUUCUUAAUGCGUGUUUCAAAUGCUUCAAAUGUUUAGGUUGAGUUGGAUAAAACAGCUGAAGAAUUUCGUAAGAUCCACGCAGAACGUCAAGAACUUCUCGAGCAAUGGGAGAGUACUAUUGAACAGAUGCAGAAACGUGACAGAGAAAUGGAUCAGUUGGCUGUGGUAUGUAAAUUAAAAGCCUAAUGAUCAAACACGACGAUGAAAAAUGCAGAAGUGUAUAUAGUGUAGGAGUUAUUUACCAUUUGACAUUUGUGCUUCACGAACUAAAGGUUUUGGAAAAAAACUGAUAAGAAGAGGAAAUUAAUAUAAAUGAAGAAAGGUUGGAAGGCAGAGUUUCCACUACUCAGUCUUAGAGCGAUUCAUUCGAUUAUUUUUUGUAUUUUUAGCAAUCAACAAAGUACACCGUGAUAAUCGAAGCAACAAAAUAGCUUUGUAUAGCAUGCCGAGUGGAUAACUUUCUUUCCCGACUGAAAAAAUUACGAUGUGAUCAAAUGACAAACACGACUUGUUUUUGUUUAUUUCUCUGCUACCACUUUAGCGCUCCCAUUGGCCAUCAAGUAAAAACUUAAGGACACGCCCCCUUCUUGGAAGCGACGUUGACCACUGUGGACGAUUAAUCGAUUUAAUAGAUUGUUGAUGACGAUUAAUCGAUUACGAUAAUGAACGGAUGGGAACAUCUCUACUCCGUCUACACUUUGUUUUCUUCACAUUUCUUUGAACUCGGGAGAGAUUCGAACUUCAAUGAAAACGGGAGCGUGAAAAAUUAAACCCACUGCAAAACUGACCUUUAUUUUCGCGGUUACUCUUAGCUUUUUCGAUUGUUUUAUAUAGUUUCGCCAGUUUUUUAAAAGGGAAGACGAAGACUUUUAUAUAAUAUGUAGUUUUACUUUUAUGCUUGUCCCACAUAGUUGUUGUCCGUAGCAAUAUACCCUUCCAGCAAGAACGUCACUUUGGCUAUACAGCCUCAUUUUCGUGUACGCGACAUUAGCAUAACGUUUCAGUCACGAAAACGAGGCUCUAUGGCCAAGAUGACGUACAUUCUGGAAGUAUUGUGAAAAUGUUAUACUUUACAAGUAAAAGUACCAUGAUGUGAUAUUAUGUAGAGACUUGCUGAAUUCCGACUGGAAGUAAGAUCAAAAGAGGAUUUAAUUCAAGAUAGACAGGUGAGGGUGUGCCUAAAGUUUCCACUUUGACAUUGACAGCUUAUCCUGACGAUUUCUAGGAAUACAAUUUCUAGAAGCUCUGCAGUCUCUGCCAGCAUAUCCCAACAUGUGUCAAAGCUUAUAAUUGAUGUAUUGAAAAGUCCGUUAGUGGUAAUGUCAAUAACGUGGUUGUGGUAGUAAUGUCGUAAAACGCAGACCCUUUCUAAUACGGACAACAGACUCACAUAGAACAAAUACGAUCUAACCUGAUCAGGUGAUUAAAGUGACAAAUUUUCUGUAUUAGUAUAGGUAAUCAUACGAUGGCGAGUACAAUUAAUCCCUAAUUGUACGAGCAACAUCGCAUGAUUACUUGUUUAUUAUUAGCAUAUGACAAAAUUGGAUACUUCUCCGUCAACAUCAUAUUCUCUUGCCAAAGUCCAGUCCUGCCAGACUUUCAACCAAAAUUUGGUGCUUUUGUUCAUAUUGUCAUUUAGUUCUUUUGUUAAAGCAAAAUUUGGUGCUUUGUUCGUGUUUUCAUCUAGUUCCUCAAGGGCAGUUUCAUUUCACAUUUGUGUUCAAAAUACCUUUCCACCAUUUUGUUUGUUUUGGGAGAAUCAUUAAUUGUACUGCAGUACAAUUGAUGAAAUAAUUGUACUCCUCUCAACCAAUCAGCAUCCAGUAAUUUUGUCAUGCUAGAUGGAUAUUCCCAUGAAAUGAGAAGACUCGCAUGUUUUCUAUUUCUUAAACAGGGAACUUAAACAUUAAGUUAAACCUAUUCCAAAUACAUUUUCAAACUGUUCAAAUUAUGAAAGUUAUUGUCAGUUGUUUUUAAGCGUUUAUUAGCGAGUGGGAGACUCCAACAUGGCCGCCAUCUAUUCAAAUGGGGGUAACCGCUAGAAUAUUCUUGGCUUCAAUUUUACUUAAAGAGAGUGCUAUCUAGUGUAUAUAAGAUAUCUAUGAUUUUUUCCAAUAACCUCAUUAUGUCAUUUUGUAGAAUUUUCUUGACAAUGAAUUGAAUAAUAACGCUGAAAAAGAGAAGAAAGUGUCGAAUUCCGAAAGACAGUCUGCAAAACUACGCCUACGCUAUCAAGAUGCUGAGAAUGAUAGAGUUCGUUUCCAAGAUGAG